AUAACUAAAAGCGGAGUCAGAGGGAGCAUGAUAUAUUUGUCAUCUUUCCGUUCUCGGGAUUUCUCGACUUAUCAUGGAAGUUACCAAGGGCACUUCUGGGCCCCGUAACUCGAUGGCAUCGCGCAUUGCGACCGAUCGCAGGCGUCUCCAUUCCAUAACUAGCCCAUACUCGCGUCAUAUAAUACAUUUAGGGGAACUGACGGAAGCCAAAAUAUAGGACAGUCUGGGUCAUAGAUCUAGGCUCUCUUACAGACUGUUGUCAACACGUUAUAUUCUUCUGUCGGCUCGGUAAUUUAUACUUGUCUAUGUCAUAAAGGAACGAGAUGGCGAGUAAAACUGGUAUGUCACUGGCUGUAUUGUACGUUCUUUUGUUGUGCUCUUCAACCUCUGACGGUGCAAGAAUUCUGUCGCUGGUUUACCCUGGAAGGAGCCAGUUAGGCCUUACUGUGACAGUGCUGUCAGAGCUGAAAAGUCGAGGGCACGACGUUUGGGCGGUGUUUGCGGACACGUUCGAAAUAUCGGCCUCGAUGUUGCGAGAAAGCGGAAUUAAUCUGCUGACUUUUAGAUCUAAGGAGAAAAUGUUUCUGGACGAUCCGGAGGUACAGAGAGAUAUUUUAAUGGCGGCCGUUGAAAACCCAGAACUACGCACAAGCCUGUUUCAUAUAACGUCCGCUAUUCAAAAAAUGUCUAGGAUAUUCGAAAGUUAUUUGGAAGAGAUGUUUGUGGACAAGGAACUGGACAGAAAGCAUUCCUUACAACCUAUUACGCCGGAACUUUCCAAGAAGCAUGCCCCGGGACGCCCUUACAUGUCUACGCCAGAGCUGAUGGCAGAAUCAGAGUUGUGGAUAGUGAACGGAGGCCAGCCCGCCAUUGACCACGUCAAACCGUCAAUGCCCAACGUCAUGUACCUGGGAGGUCUCAUGACGCGACCCGCAAAGCCACUGCCUAAAGACUUGGAAACUUUUCUUAAAAAGCAUGGCCACGGCGUGGUUCUUGUGUCGUUCGGCUCCGUGAUCAAAUACAUGCCAGACAGAGUAGUUCAGGAACUUUUCGAAGCCUUCAAGAACGUGCCUUAUGGUGUUAUAUGGAAGUAUAAUGGGCCGCCGUUAAAGAAUGUCCCGGAUCAUGUUAAGAUUGUGUCUUGGAUGCCACAGAAUGAUAUUUUGGGCCAUCCUAACACUAAGCUCUUUAUAACACACGCUGGAAACAACGGGCAGAUGGAGGCACUAUACCACGGUGUGCCCAUGAUAAGCAUACCUUUGUUCGGUGACCAAGAUUACAACGCGGCAAGGGCGGAACAAAAAGGCAUCGCAAUAACAAUGGACGCGGCAUUCUUAAAAUCCGAGGAUCUUAUUUCUGCUAUUAAUAUGAUGAUGGAAAAUGAGACCUAUGCCAAGAAUAUGCGCAGGGCGUCCGCCAUUUUUCGCGAUCAACCCGGCACCCCCGUGGAACUGGCAGGUUUCUGGAUUGACCACGUGAUCAAAUAUGGCGGUUCCUAUAUGAAGUCCCAUGCAAGACUGCUUCCCUGGUACCAGUUCUAUAUGCUUGAUGUUAUGUUGGUGUUUUUAGCAAUNUUGUUUUGCUUGUUGUGGAUUACUUAA